UCCGGUCUCUGAUUAAAACAGAUUUAUUCCUGCAGCUGUACUCAGACCUACAGAUGGGCCUCAGUGAGCGCCUCCUCCUCCUCCUCCUCCUCCUCCUCCUCCUCCUCUUAGGUAUUUAUGGAGAAACUGCUGAAAGUCAGACGUGUGGAGGACAAAACAGAACAUGUUGUCAUGGUCUCUGUCCCAGUUAGCUUUUAAUUGGUGCAGCGAGUUCCUCACAGCGUUUUAAUUGCCGUGGAUGAAAACCUCCAGCUCUGUGUUCAUUUCUUUAUCAUGCACCACUUCACUUCAUCAUGUUUUUCCCUUUAGGAAGCACAAAUUAAAGCAGCUUCAGUGACAGAGGAGAGGCUUCACUGUGGAGCGGGUUUCCUCCGACAGGGUCAGGUCACAGAGGUGUGUCAGCGGCUCCUGAAACUCCUCGUUCCUACAAAGACAAUUAAAACACUUUCUUAUAAAAUCAAGGUCAGUCCUGAUGUUUUUACCUGGAACACCUGGAGACACCUUCAUGAGACACAGAGACACACUGAGACGUCAGCUUCUCUGAGGUCUAUCGCCGAAUCAGACUUCUCUCCUCGUCCUCGUUUACAUGCAGCUGAGAAAACUGAAUUAUUGACGUGAACGUGUCCUCCUCCCCAACACUAGGGGGCGAUAUGGGUCAUUUCAGCGGUGCUGUUUCCGACCCCAUACAACCGUCAACAACAACAGCAGGUCGGUGUCAGACGUCAGAAGUGUCUACAACUGCUGCUGGGCAUUUUGGAGAAACAAGAAGAUGGAGCAUCGUACAGCGUUGUUUUUGUCCGACAUGAUGGACGCGCUACUUUUUCUAAAGAGGAGACCAACGCUACUCCUCUACUCUGGGGGUUUGUUCCGGGGUUACGGGGGCGUGGCCUGUAACCGAUCAUACUCUGACUACGCUGGUUACAUGGUAGAGAAAAUCAAAUUCCAAUCUCAUUAUCUGGGAGUUUUAAUCAGAGUUCUCAAACUCUGAUUAUAGUCGGACUAAAGUGUUUACAUGACCUUCAGUUGUCCGGUCUUAAUCGGAAAAAGGCGAUAAUUUGAUUUUCUCAAGUGUCGUGGAAACGGACUGAGUGUCAGCCUGAAAUAUCAGUCAUAUGUUGUGUACAAGCUGCAGUUCAGCCUCCCACCACUAGUCGGGGCUGCUCCUGUGGUGAUGUCACAACAGGCUUGAUUUGUGAAUCAAUAUAAAACAUGAUCAAUAUCCUUUUCAAUAGUCGUCAUUCUGACAUGUUUUGGUCGACUAUACGAACAGCCAAUGAAAAGGGGAGUUUCUCCGGGUCUGAACCAAUCAUGUUCUGAAUUAGAACCAAGUAUCAACCAACUGCAGCGUCGUAGCAGACAGCAGCUCCACCCAACCAUAGCACUUUAACAGGUGAAGCCGACAGCACUGUUGGUGAGAAACAAAGAAAAUGAGUGCUACCCCCGACAGAAAUGACCAUGAAGGCUCAACAGAUGACCACAUCAAUGUCAACCACAACACUGGCGUUAGGAAAACGUCGGUGGUGUGGAGGUAUUUUGGUUUUUGGAGGUCGGACAUGAAGCAGAGUAAUGUGGACUGUAAAUUAUGUCGAGUACAUGUUCUCACAAAGUCGGGGAAUACCUCAAAUCUUUUUCACCACCUGAAGCAGCGCCACGCCGCAGAGCACGCGCAACGCCAAAGGUUACGAACCCCGAGAGGAGCGAGGAGCCCAUGGCGCCUGAAACAGACGACCAUUCAGUCGGCUUUCUCUAGAGCGACGCCUUACGACAAAACGCCAAAGAGACACAAAGACCUCACAGAUGCAGGAGAUUAUUGUGUUGGAAAAGACAUGAGACCAAGAAACUCUGUUACAGUUUUAGAUCCUGAUAUUGAUCCAUAUCAGCUGAUAUUAACAAAAAUAUAUCGUGAACUUUUUCACGUAUUGCCCAGCCCUAGUCAGAGGGAAAAGCUAAAUUUCCAAUAACAACCUAAACCAGCUGAUCAGCUGAUCAUUAAAAACAGAAGAACCUUCUAUAAAAACUCCGUUAAUGUGGAUGAAUGUGUCUGUCAGCUGCUCUGACCCUCUAUAACAGUCUUUAUCUUCAUCACUCAUCUUCAGUCAUCGUUUAUUUAUCACUCCAUCCAUCACCGGAUAUGUCCUCUAUUAGUGUGUGUGUGUGUGUGUGUGUGUGUGUGUGUGUGAUGUGUGUGUGUGUGUGUGUGUGUGUGUGUGUGUUUGUAUUUCUUCAUGUAUGACAGAAUUAUUUGCUUAUUCUUCAUGCAUAAUGGAACACAUGUAUAGUUAUUGUACAUUUUCCCUGUUUACUUUGCUGUGUGUGUGUGUGUGUGUGUGUGUGUGUGUGUGUGUGUGUGUGUGUGUAUUACAGGUGAUACUGUAUUGAUCCCCCUCCCCCCUCCAGCUAUGCGGGCUGGAUAAUGGAGACAUUAAUUAUUCAGCAACGACAAAGUCUAUCACAUGAAAUACCAUUCACUCUGAGUGUGUGUGUGUGUGUGUGUGUGUGUGAGUGUGUGUGUGUGUGUGUGUGUGAGUGUGUGUGUGUGUGUUUGUGUGUGUGUGUGUGUGUGUGUGUGUGUGUGUUUAUUUUAGUCUCUCUGACAUUUCCUCUGAAUGUUCUGAUGUUCAAUUAUUUACGAGCUGGUAGAGGACGAGCGAGGUAGAGAAUGAAUGGAGAGAGAGAGAGAAGGAGGUGUAUUGGUUGUUUUUAGAGAUUGUAACGGCGUCUUUUAUUGGUCCGUCAGUCACUCUGUCAACAAGGGGGGGGGGGGGUUAAGGAGGAGAGAGAGAGAGAGAGAGAGAGAGAGAGAGUAGUGAAAGGAAACAAAUAAGGGGACAAGGAAAGACCAAAAUGAGAAGGAAGGAAGGGAGCAAUGAGCAUGCACUAUAGAGGGAGGAGUAAAGGAAGGAGAGAGUGGUGAGGAAAUAAGGAAAACGAAAUGUUCAAGGAUGGAAAGAGGAAAGGAAGAAUGAGGAAAGUAAGGGAAUAAAACCAGAGAGUGUGGAGGAAGAACAAGAAGGAGGGAUGGUAGAUGGAGGAAGGAAAGGAGGAGAGAGCGGUCAGAUAGUGCUGGAGGAGGAAAGGAAGAAAGGAGAGAAAAAAAGGUAAAAAGAGAAGGAAAUAAGGAGGAAAUGAAAGAGGAAAGGAGAGACAAAAAGGAAGGAAAAGGGAGUGACAGCCAAUCAGAAUCAAGUAUUUACAGUUAUAUAUGACCAAACAAAGUUAACUCUCUCUCUCUCUCUCUCUCUCUCUCUCUCUCUCUCUCUCUCUCUCUCUCUCUCUCUCUCUCUCUCUCUCUCUCUCUCUCUCUGUCUCUCUCAGGACCAGGAGGCGGAGUCAGUGUUACCGCAUCAUCUACCGCCAUAUGGAGCGCACUCUGACCCAGCAGGAGGUCCGCCUGGUCCACGAGCAGAUCGAACGCUCAGCGGAGAGCGAGCUGGGCGUGGAGGGCAGAUACUGAGACACACUCACACACACACAAACACACACGUGCACACACACACACACACUCAUGAACUCCUGGUGUCUCUGAACUUUGACCCUCAGUCUGUUUGAGUUUCUGAACUUUGGACAUUAAAGCUCUUUUUUCUCACGUCCUCGUCCUCGGUGCUGAUUUAUCGGACCUGUCUCUGAAGACGGUCCCACACUCUCUCACGUGUCUUCACGUCCUCCUCUGUCCCGUCCUUGGCUGGUCCAGGGUUGGGUCAUGGUGGCCCAGCAAGUCCACCCAAACUUCCUCUCAGCACCAACAUUUCACAGCUGCUCUUUCAGGGUCAGCUCAGUCUGUCCAAACCGGGUCCUGGUUUCACUCUGGACCACUUGGUUCCUCCAGUUUAUGGAUCUGAAGCUGAAAAGUUCUCCUGCGAUUUUCUCUCCACUUUCAUUGUUAACGGUGAAGUAACGAUUAACUCACAUUAAUAAAGUAUCUAUUAACAUUUAUAAAUGA